GCGGGCAUUGCUUAAGUUUCUUAAUUAGGUUUAGGUGAUUGCAUUGCAGGAGAUCGAUCAGAGACAAACGAGUUGCAUGCACCGCCCCCAUGGCGUGCACCUCUCUGUCGACGAUCAACCCUCCCGUCACCAGAAGCUUCUUCCGCCGCUCUUUCUCCGACAACAAUAUUAAUAUAUGCUGUUCUGUCAACCAUAUUAGGAAUUCAGCCCCCGCGCACAAGUUGAAGAAAAACCGCUCCACCGGGAACAUCUUUAGCCUCAAGUUUCCGAGCUCUUUCAUCCCCGCUGCUCUACGCUCAUUCUUACUGGAUUCGGAAACGGUUAAUAAGGAAAUAGUACUACAAGUGGAGGAAAUGGUGUUCCAGAGUGAUGAUGAUCAUAACAUGACGGAGGGGGAGAGCGAUCCUGAUGAGCAGAGGCGGAAUUGGAAGAGGUCCAAUUGGGUUGAGAGGCUUAUGGAACUCCGAACUGAUUGGAGACACAAACAGAAGCACGAUAUUGAUGCUGAUGCAGAAAGCGAAGAGGACAACGUUGAAGGUUGCGAUGAACAUGAAUGCGAAGUGAGCUAUGACGAGGACGAAGACGAUGACCAAGGGGAGAUGAAGAGCAUAGAGAGGACAACAUUUUCCAACAUGUUAAGACGUGUGUCCUCCUCAAAUAUUAUGAUCUUCUCUCGACUUGCCUUUUUGUGCAACAUGGCUUAUGUUAUCCCAGAAAUCAAGGCCAAAGAUCUGCGCAGAUACUAUGGUCUGGAUUUUGUGACAUCUUCAAUAAUGAUGUUUGAGCAGGAUUCCAUGCCCAUAGCCACAGCAGCUCAUCAAAAUCAAAAUCAAAAUCAAAAUAAUAAGCCCCAACAAAAGCGUAGUCUACUUCCCCGCCCACCUGUUGCUUAUGAAAUUGCUGCUUCAGCUGCUUCUUAUGUCCAAUCUCGUGCUAAGGACCUUUUAUCUCACGAUACUUAUUCACUACAGCCCCCACCACAGGGAGAUGAUAAAUCGCUGCCAUUGCACCCGAACAAAAGCUGCCAAGAACUCGAAGAAGAGAGCACUUCAUCAGAGAUGGCUGCAUAUGUGGCUGCUGCAUCAGCAGUGACUGCAGUGGUGGCUGCAGGUGAGAAGACAAAAGAGGAGGCAGCUAGGGAACUUCAGUCACCACAAUCCUCACCUUGUCACUGGUUUGUUUGCGACGAUUCCACCACACACACACGCUGUUUCAUAAUCCAGGGAUCAGACUCUCUUGCAUCUUGGCAGGCAAAUCUCUUUUUUGAACCUACCAAGUUUGAAGAUACAGAUGUGUUAGUUCAUAGAGGGAUUUAUGAAGCUGCAAAGGGAAUCUAUGAGCAAUUCUUGCCAACAAUAAAGCAGCAUUUGAAUGAUCAUGGAGAUCAAGCUAAGCUUCAAUUCACUGGCCACUCUCUUGGAGGAAGUCUCUCACUUCUAGUCAACUUGAUGCUACUCACAAGAAAGGUUGUCACCCCAACCUCCCUUCUACCAGUUGUUAUGUUCGGAGCACCAUAUGUGUUCUGUGGCGGCGAAAAAGUCCUGGAACAACUGGGUUUGAAUGAGAAUCAUGUUCACAGUGUUAUGAUGCACAGAGACAUUGUUCCCAGAGCAUUCUCCUGCAACUAUCCCAACCAUGUUGCCACAGUUCUCAAACGUUUGAAUGCUACAUUCAGGUCCCAUCCUUGCCUCAACAAGAAUAAACUGUUAUACUCUCCAAUGGGAAAAACAUUCAUCCUCCAACCAGAUGAGAAGCUAUCACCACCUCAUCCAUUACUCCCUAACGGCAGUGCCUUGUAUACAUUGGAAAACAACAAUUGUUCCUCUACCAGGAAAGCUCUAAGGGUCUUUCUGAAUUCCCCUCAUCCGCUAGAAACUCUGAGCGACCCAACAGCGUAUGGUUCGAAUGGUACAAUCCUGAGGGACCAUGAUUCAAGCAAUUAUCUGAGAGCAGUGAAUGAAAUGAUAAGGAAACACCGCAUGAAACCUCCUCAUGUUCUUAGGAAAUCGAGAAAGCAGAGGAACAUACAGUGGCCAUUGUUAACUUCACAAUCUCCUCAUGCCUGGACCCAGGAAUAUUGUGGUGUAAUGGAAAACACAAGUCCAGUUAGGCAGCUGGAGAUAAUGACUACUGGAGUAUGAACAUAUAAUUAUAUAUAGUUUUAAGCAAAUUAAUUAAUUGCUUCAUCCGCCCGGCCUGCACAUAUUCUCACAAGUUAUACUCACUUCUAGCUUAGCUUGUAUCAUAUAUAUACUCCCCAAAACUGUAAUUAUAUAAAAAAGUGAUCGAUUAAACAAGAUUUUAGUAUGGAACUAUCCUAGUAAGCUAAAGGAAAGCCCUCAGGUAGUGAAGUUUGUAUAUUCACUUUUUGUAGUAAAA